AUGAAGUCGAUUGCAUUCAUUGGAACAGGAAAUAUGGGUGGAGCAAUGGCAAAGGCAUGUUCUAAAGUAUUAGAUCCAUCUGAAAUUAUUAUUACAAACAGAACAAGGGCUAAAGCGGAAGAAAUUGCUGAAGAAAUACACUGCACUGUUGUUAAUACAAACGUUGAAGCAGUUAAAUCAGCUACAUACAUCGUCCUUGGUGUUAAACCACAAAUGAUGGAAGCUGUACUUAAAGAAAUUGCUAAUACAGUCAAAUCAGAACGUAAGAAACGCGAAUUAGUUAUUUUAACUAUUGCAGCUGGCAAGACAAUCAGCUUUUACCAAUCAAUUCUUGGAGAUAUUCCAAUUAUCAGAUUAAUGCCAAAUACACCUUGCUUAGUUUCAGAAGGAAUGACACUUCUUGUCAGAAGUCCAAAGGCUACAGAUGAACACGUCGAAAAAGUUAAAAACUUCUUCUCUAAAUCAGGUUUAAUCCAAGAAAUCCCAGAAAGCCAAAUGGAUGCUGCUGGAUCAGUUGCUGGAUGUGGCACAGGAUUUUUUUGCAUGUUUAUCGAAGCUUUGGCCGAUGGAGCUGUCAUGGAAGGCAUUCCAAGACCAGAUGCAUACAAAUACGCUGCACAAGCACUUAAAGGAACAGCAGAACUUGUUCUCCAGUCUGGAAAGCACCCAGGCGCCCUCAAAGACGAGAUCUGCUCCCCAGGAGGAUCAACAAUUGCAGGUGUCAAAGCUCUCGAAGACGGAAAAUUCAGAGCAACAGUUAUGGAAGCUGUUCUUCAAUCAACAAAGCGUAACCAAGAACUUGGAAAGUAA